AUGUCCCCAAGCACAUUCCAAGGAGCCGCCUACGUCCAAGGCAAAGCCUCCGGCCGACUCCUCGCCAGCAACAUAGAACUGAGCUUCUGGGGCGGCAUAAACCCCCAAACAGGCGAGAUAAUCGACCGUCAUCACACAUUGAGCGGGCAAUUUCUCCAAGACACUAUUCUCGCUAUCCCGGGUGGUCGUGGCUCAUGUUCUGGUAGCGGGGUUAUGUUGGAGCUUCUGCUUAAUGAUAAGGGGCCAAAUGCGAUUUUGUUUGAGCGAAGGGAGGAUAUUUUGACCCUUGGGGUGAUGAUUGCUGAGGAGGUGUUUGGGAAGUCUAUACCGGUUGUGAUGCUGGGACCGGAGGGUUUUCGGGAGGUUUUGGGGUUGGAUGGCCGUUUCGUACAUGUCGUCAAUGGUCGGGUUUAUAGUGAUGAGUCUCUCGUUAAUCUGGACAAACAUACACUAGAGACCGGUGCCAUUCAGUCUCUACCUCUGGCGAGUGAUUUAGAGCUCUCAGAUAUUGACAGAGCCUUCCUCGAUGGUGCCUACGGCGAAGCCGCCCGGGUAUCAAUGCGGAUCAUCCUCCGGAUGGCAGAUCUACUAGGAACCAGAAAAUUGAUGGACAUCACCCAAGUCCACGUGGACGGCUGUAUCUACACAGGGCCAGGAUGUCUCAUCUUUGCAGAGAAGCUCAGAGACUGGGGAGGAAAAGUCCGUGUUCCAACCUCCCUCAACUCCAUAUCCAUUGAUCAAAAAAGAUGGCGUGUCCAAGGAAUCGAUCCCGUUUUCGGUGAAGCUGCUGAAAGACUGGCAGAUACCUACAUCAGUAUGGGUGCACGCCCGACAUUUACUUGCGCUCCUUAUCAACUCGAAAGCGCGCCGAAAUUUGGUGAGCAGGUGGCUUGGGCUGAGUCUAAUGCCGCUGUUUACGCAAAUAGUGUACUCGGGGCAAAGACCAUGAAGUACCCCGAUUUCCUUGACAUAUCGAUUGCUCUGACUGGUAGGGCACCAAAGGGGGGUCCUCAUGUUAAAGCCAAUCGUCUGGCUUCAGUUAUUGUGACGGUUACAGGCGUCCCCGGAGCCGUGAAGAUCGAUGACUCUUUUUAUCCUCUCCUAGGUUACCAUGUAGGGGCUAUAUCCCCCUGUCAGAUCCCGGUGGUAGUGGGGAUCGAGUCAUUCAGCCCAUGCAAAGACGAUUUAAGAGCUUUUGGGGCUGCAUUCGCGACUAUGUCGAGCGCUCCGAUGUUCCAUAUCGUUGGUGCCACACCCGAAGCAACUUCACUCGACGCUGUAAUAAACGAAAAAUUCCAUCCACGCUCUAUCGAGAUAAACCUGAAGCAACUGGCUGAGAGCUGGAAUCAGCUCAACAGCGCAUCUCAUCCUCAACCAGUGGACCUGGUGUCCCUUGGAAACCCCCACUUCUCUCUGACAGAAACCAGAAAGCUCGCUGAACUCUGUCGAGGGCGCGCGAAAGAUAAGAACAUUGCUAUUACAGUUACCUGCGGACGUUCUGCCUACGGCAUAGCUUCUCAGGCUGGCCUCGUUGAGGAGCUAGAAGCAUUCGGGGUUCAGUUCAUCACUGAUACCUGUUGGUGUAUGAUUACUGAGCCGAUCAUUCCGCCGUCAACGGGCGCUAUCAUGACGAAUUCCGGCAAAUAUGCACACUAUGGACCUGGGUUAACUGGAAGGCCGUUCUACUUUAGGAGUUUGGCUAGAUGUGUUGAAGCUGCGUGUGGUGGUUGUAUAGCCGAUGUUCCGGGUUGGUUGUCGGGUUGA